AGGUCGGAGGGACAAUGUUUCCUGGGCGCCACAUUCUAGUUUCAACACUCAGGAGACCCCCAAAUCGUAAGCAGUAUGUGCUGAGGCUGGGCCGAUGCCACCAGCAACAAGCGGAGGGCAUGGGGGGGGGGGAGAUUGUUGCAAGGCUCUGGGGCAGCUUUACACUACAUGUGUGGGGAGGGGAAGCUCCCACUCCGUGCAAACUGUAGCUUCUCGUCGCCGUGCAGCGUAAGGCAGACACGCACCAUGCCUGCCUGCUGCAGUACCGCCCUCCGCCAGCCUGGGAAGGGAGGGGCGGGGACUGGGGAGGGAGAGCGAGAGGGGCUGAUUCCGAGACGAGACGCGAGCUGUCCGCCUGCGCUCCCCGGGGAAGCAGCUGGCGCGCGACCCUCGGAGGGAAGCGCUCGUCGGAGUUUGUGUGCAGCUGCAGCGAGGAGAACCGUGCUUCCUGGCCCGCUGCUCCGGGAGCCGUGCGUGUCUGCACAAGGUUCUUCCCUCAUUUCAAAUGCGUAUUGUAAUACUGGCUACUUUAAUCAUUGCACGAAUUAAACCAACCUCCCACAAACAUGGCGGACGAGGACCUUAUCUUUCGUAUGGAAGGUAUUGAUGAUGCCAGAUCAACUAAAGCGGUUUCUGGAAAUUAUCCUGAUGUUGAUAGUGAGGAUGAGGAUAGUUAUUAUAUCUGCCCAAUAACGGAUGACCCAGUAUCUAACAAGGCUGCAAACAACAAAGUCGCCAAUUAUUACAGCAACUUAGCAAAAGAUGAACAUUACAGUUCUAGCUCUUCUCCUAGAAACUCAUUCAAUUUUAAGGAAGCCUGGAAACAUGCCAUUCAGAAAGCUAAACACAUGCCUGAUCCCUGGGCAGAAUUUCAUCUUGAGGACAUUGAAACAGAAUAUGCCACACGUUAUAGGUACAAUGCAGUUACUGGGGAGUGGGUCGAAGAUGAAGUUCUCAUCAAAAUGGCUUCACAACCCUUUGGCCGUGGAGCAAUGCGGGAGUGCUUCAGAACGAAAAAGCUGUCCAAUUUUUUACACACUCAAAACUGGAAAGGUGCAUUUAACUAUGUUGCCAAGCAAUACAUCGAGACUGUAGACAGGGAUGUAUACUUUGAGGAUGUCCGACUUCAAAUGGAAGCAAAACUUUGGGGAGAGGAGUAUAACCGGCACAAGCCACCAAAACAGGUUGACAUAGUGCAGACCAGCAUUAUCGAAAUGAAAAACAGACCUGGAAAGCCCCUCUUUCAUUUGGAACAUUACAUAGAGGGCAAAUACAUCAAAUACAACUCAAACUCUGGAUUCGUACGAGAUGACAACAUUCGACUUACCCCACAAGCCUUUAGUCACUUCACAUUUGAGCGUUCAGGACACCAGCUCAUUAUUGUUGAUAUCCAGGGAGUUGGCGAUCUUUAUACAGACCCUCAGAUCCACACAGAGAGUAGCACAGACUUUGGAGAUGGCAACCUAGGUGUACGGGGUAUGGCUUUGUUCUUUCAUUCUCAUGCCUGUAACAAGAUUUGCAAAAGUAUGGGACUUGCACCUUUUGAUCUUUCACGUAAAGAGAAGCAUGUCUUGGAUCAUAGUAACAAACUGCUUGAAUCUGCUCAGACAAUUGUACGUGGCACAGAGGACAAAUGUGGCAGUAGCCGGGUGAGAACAAUCUCUGGUAGUCGGCCUCCUCUGCUUUUCCGCCUGUCUGAAAAUUCUGGAGAUGAGAGCAUGAGUGAUGUGGCAUUUGACUCCUUACCCUCUUCUCCCUCCUCAGCAACACCAUAUAAGAUGGACAUGCUUCACUGGCCGGUGUUCAAUGAAGUGGAUAACAUGGUUCACAAAGACCACGACCAUCUUGAUAACCAAAGGGACUCUGAAAAUGGUGGAGACAGUGGGUGCCCCAGUGAAAAGAGAAGUGACCUGGAAGAUAUGGAUCAUCGAGAAAGGGGCCAUUCAAACUACAACCGAAGACGUGAAUCUGAUGAAGACAGUUUGGGAAGUUCUGCAAGGGUCAGUGUGGAGAAGUGGAAUCUCUACAACUCUUCCAGAGUCCACAUCCAUAGACCAUCCUGUGUUGCAGUGGAAGUUCAGAGACUCAAUGCACUGGAACUUGAAAAGAAAAUUGGGAAAUCCAUCCUUGGGAAGGUCCAUCUGGCCAUGGUUCGCUACCACGAAGCUGGACGUUUCUGUGAGAAGGAUCAGGAGUGGGAUCAGGAAUCCGCUCUUUUUCACCUGGUGCAUGCUGCUGAUUGUGGAGAACUGGAAGCCAUCGUUGGGUUAGGACUCAUAUAUUCCCAGCUGCCACAUCACAUUCUUUCAGAGGUCACUUCAGAGAACACAGAGGAAAACCGAGUAAAAGGAUUUGAUUAUUUACUGAGAGCAGCAGAAGCUGGAGACCGGCCUUCCAUGAUUCUGGUAGCAAGAGCAUAUGACACAGGUGUAAAUCUUGGUUCAAACAGAAUCCUAGACUGGAAGGAAGCCCUGCACUGGUACAAUGCUGCACUAAACAUGACCGAUUAUGACGAAGGGGGUGAAUACGAUGGAACUCAGGACGAGCCCCGGUAUCUGCUCCUGGCAAGGGAAGCUGAGAUGUUAAUGACAGGAGGAUUCCACCUGGCCAAGGAUCCACAAAGAUCAGGAGAGUUGUAUACAGAAGCAGCAGAAGUGGCAAUACAAGCCAUGAAGGGCAGACUGGCAAAUCAAUACUACCAGAAAGCUGAAGAAGCUUGGGCAAUGAUGGAGGAAUGAAACUUCAAAUGAGGCAGCUCUUGUAUAUAAAAAUAAUUUUUUAUGGACUGUUACUUUGAAAAAAAAAAUGUAUUUUUGUGUUACUGAUUUAUGUUUUUCAUAUUUUAAUUUCUAACUUUAUUCUGAGGGGAAAAAAUAUACAAAUGUAGGCUGUAUUUUGGGGGCGCUAUAAUGUACUUUUACCUAUACUUCAAAGCUGCAGUAUCUACGAACUUGAUCUUUUAUAACUUUUAACUGUUAGAUGUGAGGAGCCUGAUUAAUUUCAGAAAAAUGAAGCUGAUGUCAGCUUGCAUUGCAUACUUUUGUUUUAUGUAGCAGAGUAUCAGUGUGUUUAUUUCUUUCUACUACUACUCCUCCUCCUCCUCUUCCACUCCCCACAAAAAACGCGCAUUUCUAAGUUCAAAGCACUUUUACAUCAGUAUUUGGUUUAUUUCAGACACGUCUUCAUUUUCCAUGUAAACAUACAUGCAGAAAUUCCUUUUUAAUUCCCCUUGUGAAAUAAACCCAAGAACCGCAGCAAUCGGGAAUGGAAUUAUGCUAAUAAUACUCUUUACAAUGCACUUCUCUAUAAAAAUGGUAUCAUUGGGGGCACCAUGUUUAUUUUCUUCCUUUACUGAUUCCAGAUGCUGUCUUCUCAGUUUGCAAAUGAAAAAAUGCUUUUUCUAAGUACUCGCCCUGAAAAUCAAGCUGGGACUUGAAAGUCCAAAUGGUUUCUCUUUAGGUCGCUCAUCACCAACAAUGCAAAUUCCGCAAUCAGAACUCAGCUAACAAUUCUCUUGAUGAGGCAUUCCAGCUUCCUUUCCCAUAUCUGUAUGGCCUCUGAAAAGAAGUAAAAACUUAUUUCAGUCAUAACUCUGAAUACACACAGAGAGAGCAGGUCCAUUGAAUAUAGGAGUGCAAUUUUUAUGUAGUAGACCUGUACUUUAAAAGUGUUAGGGUAAAAUUCUGGGUCUACUGAAAUCUCUGGCAAAAUGCCAUUGACUUUUAUGGGGCCAACAUUUCACCGAGGGCUAGUCUACACUUGAAAUGCUACAGUGGCACAACUGCUGCUGUAGUGCUUCGUUGUAGACACUACCUAUGCCGAUGGGCUAGGUCAUCUUAACUACAUCAGUCAGGGGUGUGGAUUUUUCACACUCCUGACUGAUGUAGCUGGGUCAAGCUGAUUUCAUUUGUAGACCAGGCACAAUAGUAAAUGGAAAUUUUUUUUGCAACAUUUUGUAUUGUAUCUUAUUGUCCUAAUACAAUAGUCUUAAGUUGCAUAUCACCCUACUGGACUUAUGAUUUGCUUCCCAUAAGGUACCUUAAAAAAGUCUGUAGUAUACUGAUUUCUUGGUAUCAUUUAGUUCUUAUAGUGAAAUCUCCAUUCGCAGUGCACUUAACAUUAGGAAAUACCCUUCCCAACCAUUUCUAAAUAGGGACAUUUAAAGAGGUUAGAGAAACUGACA